AUGGCAGCCGAGGAUAUCCGUAUCAAAAACAAGAUGAAGCGCAAGCAGCUCUUUGCGGAGCUCAAGGACAAGCAGAAUAAGGAGCGCCACAAGAUGCGCCGUCUGCGCGCGAAGGAGGAGCGCGAGAACCCCGCCCUCAAGGAGGAGCGGCUCGAGAAAAACGUCCCCAAAACGAUAGACAGCAUGCGUGUGUUCGAUGAGUCCAUCGGCCAGGACGUCGAGGGCGAGCAGGACGAGCUGCAGGCGUUCUUCAACUCGGGCGAGCCACCGAAGAUUCUGCUCACAACCAACGUCAACGCGCGCAAGAAGGCCUACGAGUUCGCCAACGUGCUCAUUGAGGUGCUGCCGAACGUGACCUUCGUCAAGCGCAAGUUCGGCUACAAGCUGAAGGAGAUCGCCGAAUUCUGCAACAACCGCAACUACACAGACCUCGUCGUCAUCAACGAGGAUAAGAAGGAAGUCACCGGCCUGACGUUCAUCCACCUGCCCGCGGGGCCCUCCUUCUACUUCAAGCUCAGCUCCUAUGUCGAGGUCGAGAAAAUCCACGGCCACGGCCGCCCCACCAGCCACAUCCCAGAGCUCAUACUGAACAACUUCUCCACACGCCUGGGUAAGACCGUGGGCCGCCUGUUCCAGUCCAUUUUCCCGCAAUCACCAGACAUCGAGGGCCGCCAAGUCAUCACCCUGCACAACCAGCGAGACUACAUUUUCUUCCGCAGACACCGCUACAUUUUUAGGAACGAAGAGAAGGUCGGCCUGCAAGAGCUUGGCCCGCAAUUCACGCUCAAGUUGCGCCGCCUACAGCGCGGUAUUAAGGAAGAGACAGAGUGGGAAUACAAGCCCGAAAUGGACAAGGACAAGAAGCGCUUCCAUCUAUAG